AUGUUUCCUUCAUCACUUGGAAAUAUCACACAUCUCGCCCACUUGAACCUCUCAAACAAUUCUCUUUAUGGUUCACUUGAAUUUCGAUUCUUCAAGUCCUUAAAUCGUCUUCAGAUUCUUGAUUUGAGCUAUAACCUUCUUUCUAGUGAGCUACCACUUUAUCUAGGAUCCAACAAUUAUAUCCAGAAACUUGAUUUCUCAAGCAAUCGCUUCCAUGGUGCAAUCCCAUUUUCAUUCUUCCAACAAGCUAGGAAUUUGACUAGUUUCAAUGUCAGCAACAAUAACUUCUCUGGGCCUAUUCCAUCCUCUAAUUGUCUCAAACAUUCUUCUCCGUUGACUAGGCUUUUGGAUUUUUCCUCCAAUAAAUUUCAAGGCAGCAUUUCUCGAGGACUAGGGGAGUGUUCUGAACUACAGGUUUUUCGCGCUAGCCACAAUAACCUCUCAGGGUUUCUUCCAGUGGAUAUCUAUGAUGCUACCAAGCUUGAAGAAUUGGCAUUACCUCUCAAUUCAAUAUAUGGACCCAUUAGUGAUAGAAUUGUUAACCUCACAAACCUUCCAAUCCUUGACCUCUCCAUUAAUCAAUUGAGUGGUGUGCUCCUUAUCAAUCUUGGGAAGUUGUCCAAGUUGAAACUUCUGACCCUUGGUUAUAACCACUUAGAAAGGUGCUUUGCCCCCAUCUUUAAUGAAUUGCACAAACCUCAUUGA